AUGGCCAACGUCAGCAUCCAGACAACCAUCUCCCCCUUCACACAGAAGCCCGUCUGCACGCGGCCCCUCCUUGCAGAGCAGGAGCUCGACGCCCUCAUUGCCGAGAGCGUCAAGGCCCACAAGAGCUGGAAGAAGGUGCCCCAGGAGAAGCGUAUCGAGGUUGCAAAGAAGUGGCUCGACGAGUUUGAAAAGAUUGCUGAUGUCGCCAAGGAGGACAUCUCUUCCCAGAUGGGCAGGCCUAUCGGUCAAUGCCAGGGUGAAAUCAACGGUACUCUCUGGCGAGCCCGACACAUUGUCGACAUUGCCGCCGAAUGCCUCGCCCCUAUCCCUCAGACUAAGCCUCCCGUAGAGGGCCUUGAGAAGUUCAUCCUCAAGCAGCCCUUGGGUGUCAUUGGCGUCAUCUCCCCCUGGAACUACCCCCACAUGUGUCUUGUCAACACUGUUGUCGCUGCCAUCAUCUCUGGUAACGCUGUUAUCCUCAAGCCUGCCCCUCAGACUCCUUCUCCCGCUGAGCGAUGGGUCUCUACCUGGCAGGCUGCUGGUCUUCCCGCCAACGUUAUCCAGGUCGCCCACCUCUCUCAAGAACGCACUCUUGGCCAGUUUGUGACCGACCCCAGAAUCGACUUUGUGUCAUUCACCGGGUCGGUGGCCGGUGGCCGAGCCGUGCAGGAGGCGGCGGCCAAGAGCAAGGGUUUCAAGGGAACGUGUCUCGAGCUCGGUGGAAACGACCCUGCGUACGUGAGGGAGGACGUCAACAUCAAGUUUGCGGCCGAGCAGCUUGUCGACGGUGUCUUGUACAACUCUGGCCAAUCUUGUGCUGCUGUGGAACGUAUCUACGUCCACUCUUCCAUCUAUGACGAGUUUGUCAAGGAGUACGUUGAGGUCGCCAAGUCUUACACGCUCGGCGACCCCUCCAAGCCCGAGACCAACCUUGGUCCCGUGGUCAGCGUUGCCAGUGCCGCCAGGAUCAGAAAGCAGGUCAAGGAUGCCGUGUCCGCUGGUGCCCAGAUUGCGCUUGAUGAAUCAUUCUUCCCCGAAGCCAAGGAGGGCACCGCUCUUGUCGCCCCUGUUGUCUUGACCAACGUCGACCACUCUAUGGAGAUUAUGACCGAGGAGACCUUUGGCCCUGUCGUUGGCAUCAUGAAGGUUGAGGGCGAUGAGGAAGCCUUGACACUUAUGAACGACUCUGUCUACGGUCUUACCGCUUCCGUCUGGACCAACCCCACCGACCCCCAAUCCAUCACCGUCUUCAACCAGUUCCUUGAGGAGCUCGAGUGCGGUACCGUCUACCUCAACAAGUCUGACGCUCUCGACCCAUCAUUACCCUGGAGCGGAUGGAAGAACUCUGGACGAGGUGUCUCUCUUUCUUCCUACAUUUACGAUGUUGUCAACCAUACGAAGGCUGUCAUGAAGAGGGUCGUUGUUCCCCAAUAA